AUGCCUGCAUAUGAUGAUGGUUUAGAUAACGAGUGGAAGGGUUUCACGGUUUUCCCCGAAGUAAACUCUAGCCCUAACCCUAACUAUAGUUUCAAUUUCUUGGUAAAGAAGGCAACCGUGGAGAGUGAGAAAUCAACCGGUUCUAUUUCCUCCCGUUCUUCGGCAAAAGAGGAUAGCUUCAGAAUGGUGUUGCCACCGGCCAUGCCUCCGCCUAGGGACUCAACCUUUCCGCUUCCUAUGUUCCCUGAGCCGACGAGAACUCGGAAGAAACUUAGCCACCAAGAAUCCUUUCUUUUUAUGACAAAAUCUCUCUACUCGAAGAAAAUCUUUUACAAGGAAGAAGAUUUCAAGUGUAACGCCUUCUGCUUGUCUCUACCUGGACUCGGGAAACACAAGCCAGUUAGAUCUUCAAAACGCAAAGACUCGAUGGAAAAGAAGAAGAUGAUCACAGCGUCUUCCUUUACCUCGGUCGAGAAAUACGAAUGGUCCCAUUCUUGGACAUCGACUACGUCUCUGACGCAAGAUAAUGGUCGGUCGUAUUUUGAUUUACCGGUGGAGUUGUUGAAGUGCUGCAGCCGUGGAGGCGGAAAAGGAGGAAGAUAUAUGCAAGAACCGGCGACUUCUAGUUUCUCGUUCGAUAGAGAAACAGAGAUUAUGGCUGUGACAAGCGUUUUAAAGACGAGGAGCUCACGGUCGUCGCAAAGUGAUCAUUGCUAAGCCGUGUGAGAUUUUAAACUUUUUCUUCACCGUCGGUUUCAUGCCCUACGUGCUACGUCGCCGCGAUCUGAUACCCCCCCACGCUUGCGUAAGGCUAGGGAUGACUUUAACACCUUGUCUGCUCAAAACGCUUGA